AUGGCUCUUCCAGGGACACCACAAAGGCCUUUACCGGGUACAUAUUUCAUGACACCUGCUCCUCCGAGAUUCAAUCAACCUCCUCCACCGCAACCUCCUCUCUUUCGACCACCACAGCCGUAUUCUGGGCUCGAGCCAGCUCCACCUCCAGAUGGCCCAAUACCUUCUCCAAUCCAAGCUCAAAUCAUACCGCAGCCUCUAUUGCCCAUAUCGCGAGCUGCGAGAACUAUCAAUGAAGUUCUGCAAAGAGAAGCAAGCUUUCCCGAUCUCGAUAGCUAUGUCAGACAGGGGAUUUCUUCCGACUAUGAACUUCCAUCCCCUACCUCUGAUCCUGCCUGGGUCCCUUUUCAAAAGAUGAGAAUGUACGAUAUUCCCGACACGAUUUACGACCAAUACAAUAAUGCUGCUUUCGGGACAUCAAUGGGUCUUUUCGCAGAGUUAAAUCAUGCAUGGGCUGCUAUUGAUAAUGCGCUAUAUCUGUGGGACUAUACAAGUCCAAAUCCAACGUUGAGAGGAUUUGAGGAUCAGCCGAAUGGUAUCAGAGCUGUGAAACUGGUGAUACCGCGCAAAGGAGUUUUCAUUGAUGCCAUCACCCAUAUUGUGGUAGUCGCAACCACUCAGGAUAUCAUUUUGUUGGGUGUCGCAGAUGCGGUUGAUGAGCAUGGAAACAGAAAUUUGGAGCUUUACAGAACGGGCAUGACUCUCUCUAUCAGAGGACUCGAUGUCACAGUGAUUGAGGGAUCAACAGAUACAGGGCGCAUAUUUUUCGCAGGAGGAGCCAACCAAGUUUACGAGCUUACGUAUCAGAAUGAAGAUAGAUGGUUUUCGAAUAGAACUGGAAAGCUCAAUCACACGAGUCCUGGAUAUACAUCUUUAGUUCCUAUUCCUUGGGGUAGGACGACGACUGAGGUUGUAGUGGAUGUGGUUGUGGAUGAUACACGGCGCCUUUUAUACACCCUUUCCUCCGAAUCCACCAUUCGAACAUUCCACAUGGAUAGUCCUACUACUUUAACACAGGUUAUUGAGAAAAAGCGACAAGAUGUCUUGAGAGAUAUCUCCCACAUGAUUUCGUCCUCGCCCCUUCUCUCUUCUCAAAUGCGAAUUAUUUCAAUCAGUCCCAUAUCUGCAAAGGAAGGACUAAAGCUUCACCUUAUGGCCACCACUACAUCCGGAUGCCGCUUGUUUCUCAGUGCUACUCGAGGCUACGCUUACGGCUUUCAAAGUGGCCAGGGGGCUCCGCAAAGUAUGCAGGUUCAACACAUCAGAUUUCCACCCAGGCUUGAUCGACCGGGAAUUAGACCUUAUCCUGGACUCGAACCAGCGAUUGAGACUAGCUCUGACGCCUUAGCUCAUACACGCAAAGGUCUUCGAUACCCCCCAGGCUUCUUCUUCUGCUUUGUCUCCAAGGAGACCCGUGAUGGCAGUGACGCUCUUUUCUUGUCAGCUCCAGAUACUGGUCGGAUAGCAGCACAGGCACGAGACAUGGCUUCUCAACAAGGAUUGCGGUAUCAUGAAUCAGCAUUUUGGUUGGAGAUGGGAAGUCGUGCUGAAGCUAUCGGUCUUGUGACGAAACCUUUCGCGGCUUCGGAACAACCUCUAGGUUUCGGAAAUGAGCUCGCAACUCAAUUUGAUUUGCCUACCCCGGAAAUUGCUGUGAUGACAAACUCUGGAAUCCACGUCAUUCGACGCCGACGUCUUGUGGAUAUAUUUGCCUCGGCAAUUCGAAGUGGGUUCGACGAUGGAGAAACUGAGAUCAAGAAGUUCAUUCGACAUUAUGGUAGAGGGGAAACAACCGCAACUGCUUUGGCCGUAGCAUGUGGACAGGGCGGUGAUGCUUCUGUGAUUGGAGAGAGGAGGAUAGCCGACCCAGAGACAAUUGAAGCUGCAAGGAGAGCCUUCGUCGAGCAUGGUGGACGAGCAUCUAUGGACCAGAAUCUGGUUUUCGAAGGACCUACCCAAGCAAUUGAGAACGUACGACCUUCCUCGAGACACGACGGACUUGCCCUCUACAUGGCUAGGUUGGUUCGUGGCCUCUGGAAAUCCCCUGUCAUUAAAAUGGAGACAAUCCAGGAGAUGGUUGCCAUAAAGCCAACAAUUGACACAAAGAAGCUAGGUGCGGUUCAGGAUGAGCUUAUGAAAUUGUCAAAGUUCUUGGAAGACAACAAGACAUUCAUCGAGGGACUGUCUGGACCCGAGGGUCUCAACCGUGUCACAAGUCAACAGGAGGAUAUUGCUCUGCAAGGCGAACACCAGGCUUUGCAUUCACUACAGAUACUCAACACUAGCAUUGUGGAAGGAAUAUCUUUUGUACAAAUGUUCUUCGAGGAACGAGUCAAUGAUAUUUGGGCUGCGUUGAAUGACACAAUCAAGCAACAGCUUCGAGAACUAACAUUCGAAUUAUUGUUCUCCACUGACAACGGAAAAAACUUGGCAAAGUUGUUGGUAAAGGAAAUUGUGAAUCGCAACAUUGCCCAAGGGUCAAACGUUGACACGGUCGCUGAAGCUCUCAGGAGACGAUGUGGUAGUUUCUGUAGUCCUGACGAUGUGAUUAUCUUCAGGGCUCAGGAACAGUUGAAACGAGCAACAGACAUCGAUUCUUCCUCUGAUCACGGAAGAGCACUUCUCAACGAGAGCGUUAGAUUGUUUCAGGAAGUCGCUGGUGUCUUAUCCUACGACAAUUUGUACAAUGCUUGCUCUCAAUUUUCUGCCGUUUAUUUCUAUGCUGGUGCCAUCAGCCUGGCACUACUUGUUGCCCAUGAAUCCGACCGUGGCAACAAAGCUCUGUCGUGGCUUAACGAUGGCAGACCUGCCGACGAUUAUCGAGCAGGGACUUUCGAUUUCCGCAAACAAUGCUACGAAAUUGUGAAAGAGAUCCUCACUGCGGUUGACACUGCCACUGGGAAUGCACAAGAAAUGGUCGAUGGUAGACAAACGAUUUCAGCUCAAAUGCGUGCAGAAGCCCAUCAAGUGGUUGAUGAAUCAGACGAUGAGGUCUUCCAAUAUGAUCUGUUUGAUUGGUACCUUGAACAAGGCUGGAUGGACAGAAUUAUUGCAACCGAUUCACCAUUUAUCGUCAAAUAUCUUGAGCGAUCUGCAAGCGAGAGUACGGAAAAUUCCGACUUGCUCUGGAAAUACUAUGUUCACCGAGAAGACUACUCUGCCGCUGCUGGUGUACAGCUUACUUUGGCUAAGAGUGAACUUGCAAUCUCCCUGCAAAGAAGAAUUGAAUACCUUAGUAGAGCCAAAGCAAAUGCUCAAACACAAGGCAACACCGUCCACAGACAAGCGCGACAAAUUAUGUUACAUGAGGCUGGCGAGUUACUCGAUGUUGCUAGUAUUCAACAUGAAUUACUGCAGCGCUUAAGAGCCGACACUAGGAUUCCUCAAACAAGAAAGGAUACUGUGGUUACAGACCUUGAUGGCGCCAUUCAACCACUCUCCGUCCUUUUCAACGAAUAUGCCGACCAAGGCCAAUACUAUGACCUCUGUCUCCAAAUUUUCGCAGCAGCCAAUCAUCACAAUCAGGCUGAUAUUAGGACGAUGUGGGAACAACUCCUGCAGUCAAUACAAGCCCGUGUUGAAGAAAAACCACAAUCACAGACUGAGCGUCCAUAUGAAGCUAUCGUCAAUAUCAUCCGUGAAAUGUCGCAAAAGCUUUCUGGAUACGAAAUUGUUUUCUCCCCCCAUACGCUCAUCCCUCUCAUCGAAACCUACGCUGCGGAACACGACCAUCCAGGUCCUACAAACUGGGUUCCAGAUUUAUUUAUCAGUGUGUCCUUUGAUUUCGACACAACCAUCAAUAUUUUAGAAGGAAUGUUCUACAAUGAAGUCAAUCCAUUCGUGGGACCAAAUAGGAUAGUUCUUGCAAAUCACAUUGUCUACGUGGCAGAACAAUGGUAUGAGGAUUGUGUGAGACACAACAAGAGGGUUUUUGGAGGGGAGGAACAGAAGCAUCAGAUUGGACAGAUCUUGGCAGAGUUGGGUGCGGCUGCAUAUAGAGAUGAUUCGGCUGGGAGGCAGAGGAUUAUGGAUUUGAGAAAGAAGAUCGGCUUGCGAGGAUUGCGAUGA